AUGGGGAUACGGGACUUUUUCGACAGCCGCUUCUUCGAGCAUCACUGGAAGAACAAGGUGUUCAUAGCUCAGGUUGCCUUGACGACUCUGGCGUUUAUCCUGGGUAUAGCAAAGGUUGCCACGAGGCCGUCGAAUAUCCCGAUGAAUAGAUCCGACAUCAUGGCGAUCACCAUGAGCAUAAAGUCCUACGUCUUCCUUGCCUACGAGCAUUUCACCCAAAAAGUCGAUAGGUUCAAGAGAUUCGGCAGUCUCAAGACCAAUGCCAUCUUGAAUACAAUAGACGUGGUCUUCUGGAUGGUAGUAAUGGGCCUCGCCUUUUCGAUGGUCACUAGGGUAUGCGUUGGCGCAAAUUGUGCCAUUGGCGUUCUGGUGGGAUUGGUGUCGCUGCUGGUUGCACUUGUCAACUUUUGGGCAGCUGUUAUUGCUUGGAAGGUCCAUAGACAUUUUAAGAGCACUGCUGUGUGA